AUGAUAAGCGCUCAAUCCUUAUCAAAACCAAUGUUGAGUGAGACUACAAGGAUUGGUGGUACGAUUGGGUACUUGCCCCCUGAGAGCUUCCAAAGAAGGAGCAUUGCUACCUCAAAAUCUGAUGUUUUCAGCUUUGGAAUAGUUGUGUUGGAGGUGGUGGCUGGCAGGAGGGCCAUUGAUCUCACAUACCCUGAUGAGAAAAUCAUCUUGCUUGAUUGGGUCAGAAGGCUUAGUGAUGAAGGUAGGUUUGUUGAUGCUAGGGACACAAGACUGAUAGACGGUUCCUAUAAGGUUUUUGACAUGGAGCAAUUGAUUCACAUAAGCCUCUUGUGCACACUCCAUGACCCUCAAUUGAGGCCAAGUAUGAAAUGGAUUGUUGAAGCACUUUCUGACAUAUCAAACAACUUGCCAACGCUCCCUUCAUUUCACUCUCAUCCUAUGUACAUAUCUCUGUCCUCCUCAUCCGAGACUAGUCCAAGCAGCUCAAAAGGCACGGGCUUAGGCACAAGAACAGAAAGUUCUACCAAUCUUACUAGUUUCAAUUCCAAAUAUGUCACAGCCACAGGAGAUACUAUAUAUGUAACUGCUGAAGCGGAACACAGAGACAGUGGAACUAACUUUUCAAAGAGUAGGAAAAAAAGGAUGCAUCAGCAGCCAUCAUUUUCAUUGGUUGAAACACCUAGGGAGAUACCAUUCAAGGAGAUAGUUUUGGCCACAGAUAACUUCUCAGAGUCCAGAAGGGUGGCUGAGUUAGACUUUGGAACUGCACUUUCUGACAUAUCAAACAACUUGCCAACGCUCCCUUCAUUUCACUCUCAUCCUAUGUACAUAUCUCUGUCCUCCUCACCCGAGACUAGUCCAAGCAGCUCAAAAGGCACAGGCUUAGGCACAAGAACAGAAAGUUCUACCAAUCUUACUAGUUUCAAUUCCAAAUAUGUCACAGCCACAGGAGAUACUAUAUAUGUAACUGCUGAAGCGGAACACAGAGACAGUGGAACUAACUUUUCAAAGAGUAGGAAAAAAAGGAUGCAUCAGCAGCCAUCAUUUUCAUUGGUUGAAACACCUAGGGAGAUACCAUUCAAGGAGAUAGUUUUGGCCACAGAUAACUUCUCAGAGUCCAGAAGGGUGGCUGAGUUAGACUUUGGAACUGCUUACCAUGGCAUCCUAGAUGGGCACUACCAUGUCAUGGUGAAACGCCUUGGCUUGAAGACAUGCCCAGCAUUGCGACAAAGAUUUUCCAAUGAGCUAAGAAACCUGGCAAAACUGCGGCACAGGAAUUUGGUGCAGCUUAGAGGGUGGUGCACUGAGCAAGGAGAGAUGCUUGUGGUGUAUGAUUACUCAGCUAAAAGAUUUCUCAGUCACCAACUUCACCAUCAUAACAAUAGUACUAAAAAUGUUCAUUCUGUCCUCAAAUGGCAUCAUAGGUAUAACAUAGCGAAAUCACUUGCGUCUGCACUUCUCUAUCUGCACGAGGAAUCAGAUGAACAAGUCAUUCACAGGAACAUAACCUCUUUAGCAUUGACUCUUGAACCUGACAUGACCCCAAGGCUAGGUAGUUUUGCUCUGGCCGAGUUUCUGUCAAGGAAUGAGCAUGGCCAUCAUGUGAUCUAA